GGUGUAAAGUCCUUUUACUCGCUAAUUCAGCUUCCCCACCCCACUUUCUUCACCGUCUCUCUUUUUUUACUCUCUACCGCUUUGAUUUUUGAAUUGAGUCCCAAAAUUCUGUCUAUACAGCUCGGAUCGUCAGGUUUCGGUAGUGGAUGCACAGGAAACCAGAAUUCAAUACCGGGUUCUUGGAUUUUGCGGGGGUGUCCUGUUUGGUAGGAUAAUCUACUGCCUCCUCCUGAUAUCCCUGACGUCUUUGUGGAAACCCAAAAAACUGCCUGACGUAGUUGAGUCCCAUUCGUUGUGAAAUGAAGUGGUGCGUCAAUUGGUUGAGGAUCCUCUUCCCUCUGAACCCCCAUCAUAUAUGAGGGGAGAAGCCAUUCUCCAAUCCGCAACAAUUCCCAGUCUCGACCAACAUAGAACAACAUCAUGGCAUCUAGUGACAAUUCGUCCCAGUCUCGAUUCGAGAAGGGUUACAAACCCCCUGUCUCUACUCAAAAGGAGCCCCCCGGAAAACAACACAAGUUGCCGACUGAUGCUGUCAAUGACCAGCUACCAACCGAAGAUGGCGGUUACCAGCUAUAUAAAGCGGCCAGCAAGCUCGUGGGAAAGAAGGCGCUCAUUACUGGCGGCGACAGCGGCAUUGGAAGAGCCGUAGCAAUUCUAUAUGCUAUGGAGGGAGCGGAGUCCACCAUUGUGUACACUCCAGAGGAAGAGAAGGACGCACACGGAACUCAAGACCUAGUUCGGGAAAAAGGGGGAAAGGUGCAUCUGAUCCAAGCCGAUUUGCGGAGUGCUCAGACUUGCAAGAGUGUGGUUGAGAAAGCCAUCCAGUACAUGGGGCGCAUCAACAUCCUGGUUUUGAACCACGGAGUUCAGAUGAUGCAAGAAAGCAUUGCGGACAUCACCGAGGAUCAAUGGCUCAACACCUUCAACACAAACAUCCACCCCUUCUUCUUCCUCUCCAAAUAUACCCUCCCACAGAUGAAGCGCGGCGACACCAUCAUCACCUGCGCCUCGGUCAACCCAUACGUCGGCCGUCCCGACCUGCUCGACUACACGUCCACGAAAGGCGCCAUCGUCGCUUUCACGCGCGGCCUCUCCAAUCAGCAGAUCGAGCACGGCAUCCGCGUGAACGCCGUGUGUCCGGGCCCCAUCUGGACGCCCCUGAUCCCGGCGACCAUGACCAAGAAGGCCCAGGAGGAGUUCACGAGCCCGAUCGGGAGGCCCGGACAGCCGAGCGAGGUCGCUACUUGCUUUGUGUUUCUGGCGAGUUUGGAUAGUAGCUUUAUCUCGGGCCAGAGCUUGCAUCCGAAUGGUGGCGUGGUGGUGGGGAGUUAA